GAAAGGGAGAACCUGUGCGAUGCCGAGGAGCGGUGCGAAGGUUUGAUAAAGAGCAAGAUCCACCUGGAGGCCAAAGUCAAAGAGUUCUCCGAGAGGAUGGAGGAAGAGGAGGACAUCAACGCAGAAAUCACUGUGAAGAGGAGGAAGCUGGAGGACGAAUGCACUGAGCUCAAGAGAGACAUUGAUGACCUGGAGCUCACCAUCGCUAAAGUGGAGAAGGAGAAAUAUGCCACGGAAAAUAAGGUAAAAAACUUGGUAGAGGAGCUCAGUAGUCUUGAGGAAAAACAGCUGGAGUCUACAAAGGCGGUCAAAGCUCUGCAGGAGGUGCACCAGCAGACAUUAGACGACCUCCAGGCCGAGGAGGACAAAGUGAACACUCUGAUGAAGAACAAAAUCAAGCUGGAGCAACAGGUUGAUGACCUGGAGGGCUCGCUGGAGCAGGAGAAGAAGGUGAGUGCAGACUUGGAGAGAUUCAGGAGAAAACUGGAGGGGGAUCUGAAGCUGUCCCAAGAAACCACCAUGGACCUGGAGAAUGAAAGGCAGCAAACUGAGGAGAGACUGAAAAA